UAGUAGUAUAUUGCGAAGGAGCGCGCGGAAGUGGCGGUAAUGAUUUCGCGCAGUCAUCACCUGCUUGAAAGUUGUCCCAUGUUUAAAGUCGAAAACACCGAGUUAUGUUAAGCAGCGUUUUAAUGACUCGUGGAAAGCAGCCAUGUCUGAUCAGGAGAUUGGAACUUUGAUUCACCAGGGAACUCUCAUCAAAUCACCUCCAGAAAGCAAAAGCAAAGACCUGAGCAGGUGGAGAAAAAGAUACUUCAAAUUGUGGUCGAGCAAAAAAUUGGAAUAUUUCAAACAUGGAAAAAGUGAGAAGCCACUAAAAAAGCCAAUUGACCUAAGCAGAUGUAAGAGUAUAGAUGGAGGAUUACGGAAUAAAAAAUGGGACUUUAUAUUUUGUAUCAAUACUGAUUACAGAAAGUAUUAUUUGGUUGCAAAAACUCAUCAAUCCAUGAAUGACUGGAUAGAGAAAAUUUGUGAAAUUUGUGGAUUUUCAGAGCAAGUUGGUAUGUCUCCAAUCGAAUCUUCUCCUACAUCAAUGUCCUUUAUUGAUUCACCUUUAAUUGAAAAGAGGAGAUUCGCUGCUGAUGGGCCAACAGAGGGAAGUGCUUUGUCAUUAGGUAGUCAAGAUAUAACAGGGGCUGUCCCUAUUGACGUGCUUAGCUAUGACAAGGAACUUCCUCCGUUACCAGACAGCUCAAGUAGCUCCGAUUUUGACUCAAGAGAAGACGACACCAAUUCACCUCAACCAACUUUUGGCUCGCCUUUUGGAAUUCAUGUUAAACAGUCAAAGUCCGACAGUCCUUGUGGAUCCUGCUAUGACAUGGUACCUAAGCCACGCCUCGCCCCUGAAGGCCUCCCGUUACGCAGUAGCCCCCCAGAAUCGAGAUUAUUUACUGCAACAGAAAGCGCGUUAAAGAACAUGACAAUUAAGGAUGAGUCCUAUGUUGAUAUGAAAGCGGACAACGGAAAUCAAGAUACACUAACUCAUAACCAUGUAAACGGUGUACGGUCCCAGCAAAGUAGCUAUGAUACGGUGCCAGCACCUAGACCCAUUGUUCAAGCUAAUUUCAGCAAUUACGAUCUCGUGCCGAAUCCGAGACAAAAAUCUGACGAAUAUAUUAGUUGUGACAUUAGCGAACGUGAUUUCAAGGGCGAUGGUGCGGAGGAUCGAGAAACUGCGCCCCCCGUCCCUGACCAGACUUAUAAUGGCUUUGAUACGCUUCCAAAUGAAAGGCGGUUGCUUCAAAAACCAACGAGAUCUAGUGAAUGGGGUACGACCAAGCAUGGACAGCUGUCGAUGCCAGUGACUGGUGACGAAAUAUACGAUGUACCUCCAACUGGAGGUUCUCUUUCACAGAUGAUAUAUGACACACCACCAGCGUUCAAAUCUGCCAGAGAAUAUGAAGCUCAGAGUUGUGGGGAUUCUAUUUACGACACUCCGCCAACUGUUGAAACUCAGGAUGACCCCCCUUUCCAAUCUCCAAACGGACUUCAGAACAGGGGGUACCUCAGCGAUUCCCUUUAUGACAUUCCCCCUCCAUUUAAAGAUAGGGAACAGACUGGUGAUUCAAUUUAUGAUAUUCCCCCAAAGAGUCAAGAAGAGAAUGAAGAUUCAAUUUAUGAUACCCCACCAAAGAGUCAAGAGCAGGAUGUCCAGGAUAGCCUUUAUGACCUGCCGCCCAAAAGUGGGAUCUCCAACGAAGUCGAGCCUAUUUCUUCCCCGGCUGAUUUGUUUAACUUUGGUUUCAACGUGCCCCCAAAAGUUGACAGGUCUUUGAAACAUUCAUCGACUGGCGGUUUGGAGAUGAACAGAAGCAUACCUCCUCCUGUGGAUAGAAAGACACGCCCUGUUCUCACUGCAUCUGUGCCCACCUUUCCUUCCGAGGUCGAGGAAAGUCAUUCAGCAGGCACUUCUUCUGACCUUCGGUCGAAUAUGCAGUUGGAUAGCGACUCUAUUUAUGACUGCCCACCUCGAUCGGCUUUGGGUGUACUGCCAAGCAACAUAGAGCGGAAGAGUGCAAAUAGACCAUCGCUGCAAAAUAGCUCUACGAACUACUCAUCUGUCGACCCAAGAUUGACUGCAGCUAUUCAGAAUGUAAGACGUUGAAUCCGAGUGGUCUUAAUAUAUUAAUUAAAAAAGAUAUACCAUUUAUGUUCUUGAAAGAAUAGGGUUCGUCUUUAAAGUCUGCUCUAAGUCGUUGAAAUAUUGAAAUCAAGACUGCCAUGGUAUCAGCAUUUAGUGUUAUGGGCCGGGGUGAGUGGGCUGGCUAUUUCUCUUUAAGGCUUAUGUCUUUUGGACGUGUUUGGACAUCAAACUUCAAUAUUUUAUCAUUUUAGAAGCUUUGCUUAAUAAGGUAAUGUAAUAUAAAAAUGUCGAGAUCGGUGUUCAUUGCCCUAAUGCAUAAUAUAGAAAUAAGUGGUAACCUUUAAAGUAUCAAGAAAGUGCUCGAUGUUCCAAAAGUGGACGCCAGUUUCUAUAUAUCGAUAUCCUGUCCCAUCUCAAUUGAUCCUAGAAUGAAAUGCAAGUACCAGUGAGCUUUCUAACGAAAAGGUUGUGUGCCCCUUUACAUCAUAGAUUAUUUCACUUCGUCUUUACAACAAUUUUGGCUGUACCACGAAAUAUUGUUCGGUAGAAAAUUCCACUGUAGUUGAUAAUAUGUUAAUAUUUUCUUUAUCGUAUAAGAUUUAAUAGAAUUUUAUCGUUGAAUGUUUGCAGUUUUGUAAAUUAAAAUUUUAGAUUGUCGAUUCUUGUGUUAACACCAUAUCAUUAUGUUUUUACUUUUUGCAAAAUUGUUAUCUUUGAUUCUAUUUAUUCAAGAUCCAUUUUCACCUUUUCUUAUCAGAUCACCCAUUGUAUAACUGAUCGAAGGAGCUUCCUUGGCGCCCGAAAAGCGCCCAAUUAACCCCAAGAUAUUGUUGAGGCUCAUUAACCCCAAGAUAUUGUCACAAUUUGCUAUUUUUGGCGUAAAAAGGCCACUAUCGUGGAAUAUUUUCCGGCAGAAGUAAGCUGGAUGUGCCUAUCAUACUGAGUUGAAAUUUCAGUUUCAUUUUCUGGACAGCGGCAUUUUUCUCUUGCCCACUCCCCCUUUGUUCUAGGCCACCGGCUUAGGUAAAAGCACCCCUGAUUAUUUGCUUUUUCAGUCCUUCUAAAAUCUAAGUGUUGCUAAUCAAUUGAUAUUUGGGAUUCAAAACCCUUCUUGAUCGCGAACAAAUGAUAGCGUUGGAAUUAAAUUAUCGACUUAGUCUAGCUCUAGCUAUCCAUGAUAAGUUUAGAAGGACCAUAUCAUACUCAGCUUCAAAAUCGUGAAUAGUUUUUCUGUCAAAUAUUUGAAUAUUUUACAUUUUUGAUUUUAGUAUUUAUUGAUUGUUAAUGGAUACUGUCAGUGAAAUCAAAGUCGCUGUAUUUGCCAGAGUAAUAGAGAGUUAUGAAGGACUACAUCUCUCACUAAUGUAGUAAAAUUUUCUCUAAUAUGCAUCUUAUUUUGUAAAAAUACCUCUAACUUAGAUUAUAAGAUUAUAACAUGUUUGGAGAAUUUCA